GGAAAGUAUGCAAUGAGGGACCUUGUUCAAAAAUUACCCUCAGGAAAUCCACAACAUGAUCAGGGAACGUCUGAUGACACUAUUGCAGCUGUUUUAGCAACACUCAAUGAAGUUAUUAAGAAGAAUGCCGAAUUUUCCAGAUCUCUGCUGGAAGCUGGUGGAGUGGAACGAUUAAUGACAAUUACAAGGCACAGACAGAAGUACACCCCACGUGUACUCAAAUUUGCGGGUCAAGUUCUCUUCACCAUGUGGCAGCAUCAGGAGUUACGUGAAGUGUAUAAGAAACAUGGCUGGAAAGAACAGGACUUUGUUACAAAAACGGUUGCUGCCAGAAAUGCUGGCCCUAACUCGCCAAAUAAUGCCAACAGUACAUUAAAUCGUCCUAUGGCAAGUCAGGGAGGUACUCGAUACGAAGAUAGGACAAUGCAGCGUACUUCAAAUAUGAACAGUGCAUCUAGGAGCCCUGGCCCGUCGCUCUAUCAGCAGGGAGAGGACAUUCCAAUGGCUGACAUGUCGUACCCUGAGGGGGGCACCCAUGCCCCUCCCCCUGCAGGGGCAAGGAACUACCCCCCCACAUCUUUAGCAAAGCCAGGUGAACCAUUAUAUGCUCAAGUAAAUCGAGAAAAGAAAAAGAAUCGGCAGUAUGAGGCUGGGGCGCAGCCACCAUUCGAGGGCCAACUGCCUCCAGGGCCUGGAGACAUGUGGGGCUAUGAAGAACCAGCUAAAGGAGUGGUGAUGGAUGCCCAUAGUGAGAACCCCACUGGAGGAGACUCCUGGGUGUGAAGAGAUGUGCCGUGCUCUGUCUGCCAUCUUUUGUCUAUAGUCAUUCAUGAGAUAGCAUAGCAAGUUAGAUAUUUCCCUCCUGCUAUACCUCUUAUGCCAUGUGCUCAGUUAUUCCAUCAGCAUCCAGUUUUAAUCAUAAGUGUACAUUUCACAGUUGGAACGCAAGUGAAAUUUUUGUAAAUAUAUCAGUAUAGUUUAAACGGUUGCGUUGCUUUAAGAAAAUGUCCUGGCCAGCAUUUGUGAGGAAGGUCUCCUGUGUUAGACAUUUGAAGUGACUGAACGCCUGGUCAGUUGUCGGAUUGGUGUGGAUGCCAUCCAAGACCCCUUUGAGUCUUAUUCUCAGGUUCAGGUUAACUCGUAAAGUGAACAUUUGUGUGUUGGUGUUAGAACAAGCAUUCCAUUUGUAUUCAUGUUUGUCCUUGUACUGAUAUUGAUACAAAAGGACAUCAUAAAUGAUAAACUCGAUUUUGUGUUUGGUGUUUUCUGUGACUUUUAAAAUUCAGUAUCUAAGAAAGUUCUUUUGUGAAACAUUCUUGAAGACAAUUUUGCUAGCAACAUUAGCCCUAUCAGUUUGCAGCAGAAAUUUUAGACUUGAAACAAGGCACCAACCUUAGUACAUGUUCCUUGUAUACUAUUUAUAACAAAAAUGAAAAGAUAGUAGCAAGUUGUAACUUUAGUGAGAAUAAGAAUUGCUACAAUGGAUUUUAGAGAUAAAUGCAUUGUCAUUUUUUCUUGCUCAUUUGAGCAUUACCUCCUUUUGGUAGUGCUAUUCCUGUAAAUUUGACAGGAGAUUUACAGUUUAUUUUAAUUGUACUGAUGUUUUAUACAAAUGCUUUAUGACUUUUCAUUCUCGUUUUUAAUAUGUGUGCAUGAGUUUUAAAGCAUGAUCAAGAUAAACAAUGCCUUUUUAUUCAGGAUUACGUGAGGUAGAAAACUACCCAUCCUGUUUGAUUGUAGGUAGCUCAUAGACAAAAUGCACACGAGUGUAUGUGAACGCGAAGAAAUGUUUGUGAAUACAUACGAGUCUGUGUUUGUGUGUGUGUGUGUGUGUGUGUGUGUGCGCGUA